GUCUGAUCUGCUGUCAGUGUCAAGUGUCACGUGUAGCAUAUAUAAACAAACAAACCAACCAAAAAUUGUUUAAAAACUUAUUGAAAUUCCUUAAAAUGAGUUGCAUACAAUGUGAACAGAUUUCCAAAUACAAGUGUCCUGUAUGCAGACAGCCGUAUUGCUCAGUUCCAUGCUAUAAAACUCACAAACAGACACCAUGUACCCCGCCUGAUCCACCGACGCCGGCCAAUGAAUCAGAUGACAAGGAAAUUGAAUAUGACUACCCUACAGAAGACACAGUACCAGUUGAAAAAUUAAAAUUAUUAGAGCUAUCUACAGAAUUGAAAAAGUGUUUGGAGAAUCCCCAUGUGAGAGAGAUCCUCGAAGUACUGGACAAGUCACCACACCCUGAUGAAAUGAUGAAGGAGUACAUGCAAGAACCCAUCUUCACAGAAUUUGUUGACGCUUGUUUGAAAGUUGUACAACCACAAGAAGAUACUGACAAAUAAAAUAAAUAUAAGCUAAAGU